CUUCUUCUCAUGGAGAACUUACUUGCGCUGAUAUUUGUUCUUCUUGGCUUAGCUCUGUUUUACUUGGGUAACAUCCUAUGGCUAAGACCGGAGAAGAUAAGGAAGAGGUUGAGAAGGCAAGGAGUGAAGGGUCCCAGGCCUACUUUGCUUGAUGGCAACACCAGAGAGAUGAAGCGUAUCCGACAUGAGCUCAAGCCUAUGAAGAAGCAAGACAGCAACAACUACAUUUCCACCCUCUUCCCUCACCUCCUUAUCUGGAUGGAAACUUAUGGCUCUGUAUUCCUGUACUCAUCAGGAGGUCGGGAGAUAUUGCAUGUUUCUCAGCCAGAUAUGGUGAAGGACAUAGGCCACUGGACACCAUCAGAGCUUGGGAAGCCCAAUUAUCUGAGGAAAUCUCGCAAAGCUCUUCUUGGAAGAGGCAUAUUUACGGUGAAUGGCAAUGAAUGGGUCUAUCAGAGAAAUACCAUGGCGCCAGAGUUCUUCAUGGACAAGAUUAAAGGUAUGAUACAGCUGAUUGAGGAUUCAACUGCUCCGUUGUUAGAAGUAUGGGAGAACAUUCUUGAUAGUGCAGGAGGGAGCAAGGAGAUAGUUGUAGAUGAUUAUGUGCGGAACAUCUCAGCAGAUGUAAUCUCCAGGGCUUGCUUCGGCAGUAGCUUCUCAAAAGGUGAGGAGAUAUUCUGCAGGCUUAGGAAGCUUCAAACGGCAAUUUCUCAACAGGAUGCACUUGUAGGACUCUCUGCACUGUGGAAGCACCUGCCUACCAAGAGCAACCGAGAGAUACGGAAUCUGGUUGAGGAAGUUAGGCUACUGAUCCUGGAGCUGGCAAAGGCCACCACGAAUAACAUUGGAGCUGAGCAUUCGGGCACUUAUAACAGUCUUCUGCAUGCCAUCAUCAACGGUGCAAGUGGGCCUGGCCAUGGUGGCACCUCCGAGGACUUCAUCGUCAGCAACUGCAAGGCGAUCUACUUUGCAGGGCACGAGACCACGGCGGUUACCGCCGUUUGGUGCCUGAUGUUACUGGCCACACACCCGGAGUGGCAGGAGCGUGCCCGCGUCGAGGCACUGGAGGUUUGCCAUUCGAGGAGCACAUUGGAUGCCAAUGGCCUCCAACGACUCAAAACUCUGACGAUGGUGAUCCAAGAAACUCUCCGUCUGUACCCACCGGCAUCGCUGAUGUUGCGUGAAGCUCUGACGGACAUCAAGAUCGGCGAACUGGACGUGCCCCGUGGAACGAUCCUCCAGGUGACAAGAUUGAUGCUGCACCUCGACAAGGAGGCCUGGGGCUCGGACGCAGAUGAGUUCCACCCCAGCCGGUUCGCCAACGGUGUGGCCGCGGCGUGCAAGCCGUCGCAUAUGUACGCGCCGUUCGGGCUCGGGCUGAGGACCUGCAUCGGGCAGAACCUGGCGAUGGCGGAGCUGAAGGUGGUCCUGGCACGCCUGCUGAGCAGGUUUGCCUUCUCGCCGUCGCCGGGUUACCGGCACCAGCCAGUGUUCCGGCUGACCAUUGAGCCCGGGUUCGGCAUGCCGCUGGUGGUGACAAGGCUGUGA